CACUUCCCUUCCCACUUUACCCUCAUGUCGAUGGAACGAAAGUCCAUCCUCUACGCACCUGUAUCAUUGUUGUUCUCCGUCACCUCCUCAAUAGCCUUUAAGCUAAGGCCUUAUGUUCCUCACUUAACACCGAUCAUUAUCUACUUCUCUCUUCUUCCCUACCUCAUCAUACUCUCCAUUUUCGCUGGAUUUUUGGUGUGGAAAAAUGUCGCUAUUGCAUGGAGCACUCCUUUGUUUCUUCAAUAUGGCGAUGGAACGCAACCCUACGCACGCGUCGUACUUCCACCGCUGCACACCCGUCAACGUUACGAUAUUUCGCUUCACCUCACAGUUCCCGCGUCCGAAAACAAUCUAGCCUUGGGAAACUUCAUGGGUAGCCUAACCCUGUAUAAAUCUAACAACUAUACUUUUGCGUCCGUUCGAAGACCUGCUAUUGUAAUUCCACCGGCUACAUCAUAUUUCAGCAGUAAACCAAACAAAAUAUCCGUCGAUGUUCCUCUACUUUCUUCGUUCCUUGUAGGAACCUCGUAUGUGGAAGCUGAAGUAUCGGUCGGUCGGCAGGAUGGAUGGAGGGGCUUAGGUAAUGGAGGCCCUCGCGAGUUAAGCGUAUACUCUGCGGAGCUUAAAGGACUAGUUGUUCACCAUGGUGCCAGAGGUAUGGUCACCCGAUUCCCUCUUCUUUCGUCUAUGGCAGCAUCCCUUGUAUUCUUCUUGAUCCUCACCAUCAUUGUCGGUGCCUUCUUGUUGCCCUCGGUUCUACAAGGGAUAUCCACUUUGGAAGGAGGCAUAAGGCCUGCUUUACAGGCUCAAUCUAUCUCACACGAUAAGGAGUCGGAGUCCAGUGAAACGGAGAUUAAGAGCAAGCGUAGAAGUCUCAAGGGCAAGUCAAGAACCAGAAUCAGUAGAAGCUCGAGUGACAGCGGACGCUCCGCCGUCAAAAGUGAACCAGAACCAGAACCGUCUAUGAUGCCUCCGGCUUACGAAGCACAGAUGCCUCUACGACGGCGUGCGUCGAGGCAACUUCAAUCUCAGUCUUCGGGCAGUCUGAGUCGAGAUGAUUUCUCGUGA